AUGAAUUCUAUAAUUUUAAUAUUAGCUAGCAGAUAAGAAUAUAUAUUUCACCUUUAAAUAUUGGAGGCUCAGAUUAAUUCAAUGACUAGUAAUGACCGAUCAAUUUUGGUCUAAAAAUUAUAAUAUAAGAUUCUAAAAGUAGAAUAGAAAAGAAUUUAAAUAGAAUCACAAACUUUAUUGAAUUAUUCUGAGCCAAGAAAAAUUUUAUAGAAGCUUGUGAAAAAAUAUAUUAAAAUCCAAGGUUAUUAUUACUAAAAAUUGCAAGUAUUAAGACAUGUAAAUAGUUAUACUUCCCAAUAUUCAGUUAAAGAAAAUAAUUUUUACCAAUGCAGAGAAACUAAUUAUUUAAAAUAGCAAGCAAUACUACUAUGAGUUCUACUGAAAUCAUACAAAUAAUUAUCAAUCUAUAAAAAGAAAGGUUAGUUCAUUAAAUUGAUUCUUUAGUUAAAUCCAUAAAUAGAAAUGAAGCCAUUUAGUAUUCUAAUUUAUAUAAAUUUAGAACUGAUUUAAUUACAAAUAGAAAUGAGAAGUUCUGUUAAGAUCCAAUUUAGAGUUUGGAUUACUUAAAUCAUAUUCAUUUAACUUAUUAUUUGAUAAAUAAACCAACUUCAAAAAAUGAUCCUUAUGAUAUAAUGAAUUUAGAUGAAUAAACAAAAGAAUAUUUAACAUCAGGUUUUAAAAGUUAUGUUUGUUGUUUAACAAAGACUAAAAAUGUAUUUAUUCCAAUUGAAACAACUUAAGAAAUUACUUUAUUUAGAUAUGAAAAAUAUUAAAAAAUUUUAAAUGAAUAAAAUUAUGCUCUCAAUAAAAGAAUUACCAAAUUUUACUUUAAAAAUUAUCAAUAAAUUUAAUCAACCCUUGAAAAAUAAAUAAUAUGUUCAGUGCAUCGUUUGCCAAUAAGAUAACAAUAAAAAUAAAAUAAAAGGAAUAUUUUUCACAAAAUGAGAUUAAGUAAAUAAGAAAACGAAGGUAGAAAUUCUAGAACUUUUUAAGAUGGAUUUUAAACUGAUAAAGAACCAUAUAUAGGUAAUUCAGUAGGAAUGGAAUCAUAAGGUGAAAUAUUAACACAUUUAAAGAAUAUUGUACUUUCUUCAUCAAAAACAAGAGAAUAGAAAAGCAUUAAUGAAAAUAAAAAAUUUAUUCUUCGAGAAAGUUUUAUAAGAUAUGAACAAGAAUAGAUUUAAAGUUAAUUAGUCUUAUGUGGUAAAUCAAUGAAAUUUCCUAAUAAUGAUUAAGAGAAAAAAAGAAUCUUUAGUAACAUCUUUGAAAACAAAGAUCAUGUUCAUAAUGCUUCUAAAGAUAAAUCUGGAGAAUAAGUUUCAACAAAAAAUUAAAAAUUCUAAAAAUUAGGUUUGAGUAAUAAAUAUCAUUUAAUAAAAAUAAAACAAAAUUGUAGUCAACUUAAAUUAUAACAAUUAUAGAUUUAAAAUUGA